CAAACCUUUUCAUUACCUUUUCAUGUUUUCCUUUUCUCUUUGCUAACUGGGUUUUUCAAUUUGUAACAUAUUAAAUUUUCUUUUUUCUCUUAGAAAAGAGCUACAAUUUACAACCUAAUAUUAUUAUAUUUAUCUCCCCCCAUUCGCAUACUCGCGUGAAUUUACAAUGUUUGAGGGGGUUGUGGCGACGUUGCUCAACAGGUUUCUCGGAAACUACGUGACCAACCUCGAAACCGCACAGCUCAAGCUCGGCAUCUGGCAGGGUGAUGUGAAGCUCGAGAAGCUACGUCUAAAGAAAGACGCUCUGGACAAGCUUCAGCUGCCUGUCGAUAUCAAAGAAGGCUGGCUUGGAACCCUGACUAUCUCGAUCCCCUGGUCGAAUCUUAAGGGCGAGCCCGUGCGAAUCCACAUUGAUGACGUGUAUGUGUUGGCCACGCCGCAGUUUCAGGAAAACUUUGACCCGGAGCGCGAAGACGAGCGCGAGUACAAGCGCAAGAUGCACAAGCUCGAAAACGACGACAUUCUGCGGCUGCAGAAGAUGACCGGGGCCAAGGGCGGCGCAGAGGAGGACACCAAGAAGCAGCAGUCGUUCACCGAGCAGCUGGUGGCCAAGAUUGUCGACAACCUGCAGAUCGUCAUCAAAAACAUCCACGUACGCUACGAGGACCACAUCAGCAACCCAGAGCAUAUGUUCGCCGUCGGAGGCACCCUCGGAGAGCUCUCCGCCGUGUCGACCGACGAGGCCUGGCGGCAGGCGUUCCUGAAUGACUCGGGCAACGUCAUCCGCAAGAUGCUCAAGCUCGCUCAGUUCUCCAUGUACUGGGACACCGACUGCCGGACGAUGCAGGGGCUGGACCACGAGGGGUUCAUCCGGAGCUUUUCAGAGUCCAUCAGGGACGGCAGCCGGCAGCCAAUCCUGCAGCCCGUUGUGGGCAUGGGCAAGCUAACCAUGAACAAAAAGCCGACGCCCGAGGAUGUGCGCACACAGGCCGAGUUCGAGUUCGACCAGCUGGCUUUUGAGCUGGAUAACGAGCAGUACGCAGACGCCCUUCUGCUUACCACAGCGUUUGACUAUGCCAUGCGCCAGCGCCGCUACCGCAAGCACCGGCCACCCCCCGGUGUGCGGCCCAAGGACGACCCACGCGCCUGGCUGCUCUUCGCCAUGCGCAGCGUCUACGACGAAGUCCACGACCACAAUUACCGCAAAACGUGGGAUUUUCAAAGGGAGCGUAGGGAUGACCGCCUGCUGUACAUCCGCGUAUACACGGCCUUCAAGGUCAACCAUGGUGUGCUGCCUGAGAUCGAUAGGAUGGCGCUGGACGAACUGCACAGAAAGCUGUCGUACCAGGAUAUUCGCUUCUAUAGGGCGCGCGCAGAACCGGCGAUUCGCAAGCAGCAGUACUUGAUUCGCAAGCGCGAGAGUGAGCUCAACAAGGCUGCAGGUGGAAAGGGUGGCGUUGGUGCUAGUGGUAGUGGCGCUGGCGGCGCGGGCAGCGGUGUGGGCGGCAAUGCCGGAAUCACAGGAUGGGUUGGCGGCUGGGUCAGCAGCUGGGUGACGGGCACCCCUUCGCAGCCCAGCCAGCCAACCAAGUCUGACUCCGCAACCGCCACAGCCUCUGGGAUUGACGACGACGAGACAAUGGAGGAGCAGAUGCAGCUAAGUGAGGAGCAGAUGCAGGAGCUCUACGAUACCAUUGAGUUCAACGAGGACGACGUCAACGAUGCCGAAUACGACCUGCCGCAGGAAACCAUCAAACUGGCGGCCACCGCCAUUCUGCGCUCGGGGUCACUCCGGCUUAAAGUUGACCGCAAGACGCGAGACCACACGUUGAUGGGAUUUCUAUUCGACAGUCUCAAGAUUGACAUUCUGCAGCGGCCACAAAACCUCGUGGCUGAUGUGUCCAUGCACGGCUUUGAGGUUGUCGACGGCACACUGCCGGACACGCAAUACCCGCGGAUCAUCUACGUCCAGAGCGACGAGCACGAGGUUGUUGCCCAGCCGGACACAAGUACGGGCAUGGGUGUAAUGGAUGCCGUGGCUGAUGCUCCCGGCGGGCUUGCAGGUGCAGUUGCCGGCGACAAUUCCAGUCAGAAGAGCGGAUCUGUAAAUGUCACCCAGGACCCGUUUAUGCAGAUUCAUUUCGAGAAGGACCCGCUCGACGGACACGCCGACUCGGUGGUCAACGUCAAGGUCAAAUCGCUCAAUGUCAUUUACCAUCCGACCGCCGCCCGCGCCAUCAUUGAUUUCCUCGAGCCGCCCUCCAGCGCGUCCGCCGAAUCCGUGCACGCGCUUAUCGCCGCAGCGUCCAAAUCCGUCGCUGGGCUGCGCGACCAGACCCGCGCGGGACUCGAGUACGCCCUGUACAAGCACAAGACAGUCGAUGUCAAGGUUGAUUUUGACGCGCCCGUGUUUGUCAUUCCGCAGGACAUGCUUGAUCCACACAGCCAGGUGGUGGUGUUGGAUACCGGGUACCUGACUAUUGAGUCGCAGCUGGUCGAUAGCGCAACGUCUGAGCGCAUUCGGCAGAAGCAGCACCAGGUUUUGUCGCCUGAGGAAAUGCGCGAUUUGGAGAGCCUCAUGUAUGACCAUUUCGACAUGAAACUGCACAGUACGCAGUUGCUUGUUGGCUCGGAUCUCGCCAGCUGCAUGCAGGCGCUGAAGGACGGCGUUUCUAACACCAGCAUCCAUGUGGUCGACCGCAUUGAGCUGAACUUUGACUUGGGCCUGUGUAUUUUGAGCGAGCCACCGCUGCACAUGUCCAAGAUAACCAUUGAUGGCAGCCUGCCGUCACUGCAGGUGUACUUUUCGGACCGCAAGUACAAGGCCAUCAUGGGCAGCAUCGACCUGAUUCUCGAGGCCAUGCAAGACGAUCAAGUGGAUGUCACACUGCAGUACGAGGCUGGCCAGCUGGCGACGGCUUUUGGUGCAGGCGGCAUCUUCCUCAAUGCCGACCAGGCAGUUGACUCCGACGAGGCACCCGACGCCGAGCUUCUUUUGGCUGCCAACGACAAUGAUAUUGUCGGCGACACCAGUGGAAAUGGCAGCGAUGAUGACGCCAAAUCGGAUGCCGGGUCGGCCGAUGAGUUCUAUGAGACCAACGAGCAGGCCAGCGAUCCACGCGGCGGGCUUUCCGCAGGCCGGCUGCGGCGCAAGACGCGCGAGACGCGGACGGAUAUUGGCAAGGAGCCCGAGCGCACCCUGGUCAAGGUCAACUUUGCCGUGGACAAUCUGGUAGGGUUUAUUUGGCGCACGCACACGGAUGGCCGCGAGGAUCUACAUAUAGCCGAUAUUGCCGUGACCGGGCUGGCUAUCGAGUGCAUCAACCGGCCAUUCGACCUUUUCGCCAAUGUCACUAUUCACCAAGUCACGCUGGAAGACCAUUUGAUGCGCAACACCGGCAGCAACAGUAGUGGUGGCGGUAGUGGUGGUGACCAACACGUGUUUGCGCUGACCUCGGAUAUUGCGCAGGCCGACGCUAAUGGCGAGACCGACAAGAAUCUGAUUGCUGUCAAGUACCACAGGUGCCAGGCCGACCACCCUGAGUUUACGACCACGUAUGAGUCCAUCGGGCAGACUGUCAGCGUUGACAUUUCGUACCUGAACCUGAUGGUAGUGCGCAAGACCAUUCUCACAUCGUACGACUAUAUCCUCAAGACGUUCACCGACGAGGGCGGCAGCUCGCAGCAGUUGUCGUCGCAGAGCAGCGAGAAGCAGUCGGAUAAGUCGAAAAACGGCGCAGACGCAGACGCAGACCCAGAGCCAUCUGAUCCGGCAUCGUCAAUAUCACCAUCGUCGUCGUCGUCAGAGAACGUCAAGUCGCUGAUUCAGCAGGCACUGGACACUAUCCGGGUGGACAUUCGAUUCAAGGGAACGGACUUUAGCCUCUGCCACGAUGACGGCACACCCAUCGCCCUUCUCUCUGUGACAGCAGCGACAAUGCGCGUCCUAGUGACCAGCGAGAUCCUUCUCGAAGCCAAAGUAGGCAACAUCCAGCUGACCGACCAACUCGACCUCAUACCCACGCAUACGCAUAAUCACUACCCACAGGGCCACCUAGACCCCCAGCGUCUGCUCAUGUACAUCAAGGGCGAUGAGCUGGCGGACCUGCGAUACGAAACAUUUGAUCCAAAGUCGCUUAGCUACCCGGGGCACAACGCUGCGGUUAAACUGCGCCUGGGCGCCGCCCACCUGGCCUUUAUCGAGCGACCGAUUCGCGAGCUGAUGCUUUUUGGGUCGAGAUUUUCUGCUAUGCACGGGCUGUUCGAGGCUGCCAGGCAGGCGGCGGCCAAUGGCACAACCCAGCUGACGGAGGAGAUGAUGGGCGGAGCGCAAAAGUAUCAUUUCGACGUGGCCAUGUCCGCGCCCGUCAUUAGCUUCCCGCGCGACGGCUUCGUCCCCUAUGAUGACACGGUGUCCGACGCCAACAACGCGGGUGCUCUGGGGGUUGACAUGCUUGUAGCCCAGCCUGGUGAGCUGACUAUUUCAAACGAGUUCACGACCGUGCGCGAAAUGGGAAAGGACUGGGACGUCAACCAUAUAUCACUCGGUCUGCGCCGCAUAGGCAUAAAGACAGUGUUUAUGCUGGACGAGGAAGAAGACCCCAGCGAGCACGGCAGCUUUGGUCAGCGCAGACAGCAGGUGCUGCAGAUCCUCGAGGACGUCGACUACAAGAUGGACAUGCAUAUGUUAAUGCAGGGCCAUAUUCCGGGAUGCCCGCGGCCAGUCACAGAGCUCAUUGGCAUGCUGAGUCCGAUCAAGAUGAAGCUGACAGAGUAUCAGUACAAGAUGGUCUAUGAUCUGUUGGGUGUCAUUGGCAGGGUGUUCGUGACGGACCCGGGGGCGCCGGAUAUCCCCGACCCCCUGACUGGCGAUCAGCUGCUGGAUUUGGAUAUUCUGCGCGAGAAUCCGGCGACAAAGCAGGCGCAGAACACCCGUCAGGCGCUGGCGAAUCUCGGGCAGAGCUGCCACGCGGAAUUCCAUCAGCAGCCAAAGCAACAAUCAAAGCAGGCGGAAUUGGAAGAGGUCAGCGGGCAGUUUGCCACAAUUGAUCUGUACGUAACCCUGGCGACGAUUCAGCUGGAGCUGUUCCGCGGCAGCGGGUUCAACCUGGACAGCAUCCAAAGUGCGUCGUUCACGCGCAUGGACAUUAACGACUUUUCGAUCAAGUACCGGUCCAAGGCCAACGGCGACAGCAAAGCAGAGAUGGCCAUCGUGGCCGUCCGCGCCUACGAUACGCGCCCAGGAACCGAGAACCAGUUCACGCAGAUAAUCAGCCCGACGAUUACCUCUGGCGGCAACAAGGACACCAAGGGAACCAAGGGCACUACACAGAUGGAGACCUCCACCUCGGUCGCUGCUGCUGCUGAUGGUGCUGCCAGUGGUUUGCAGCAGAUUAGCCACGCGAGCAUGCACGCGAUUGCGCAGGACACGCCGAUUGAGGAGGAUGCCACCAGCCCACAGCUUGUGUGCCAUAUUGACAUGCGGCCGAACCAGGAUAUGGUUGUUCUGCUGACACUGGACAGCCCACGCAUCAUCCUGGUCCUGGACCACGCGUUCCUCCUGCUGGCCUUUGCCAUGAGCGUCUUUCCACCGGUACAGCCUGCCUCUCCCACACCAACUCAGCAGCAGCAGAAGCAGCAGAAGGACACCAUCGGCAGCAGUCCAGAGCCCGGAAGCUCCGGCGGACUGAUCUACAAGAUCGACGUGUUACACCCCGAGAUCAUUCUCCUGGCUAAUCCGCAGAGCCGCUCGUCCGAGGCGCUCAUCCUCUCGAUCAACCAGAUCAUCCUGGCCCAAGAGGGCAUGUUCUGCGCAACCCUGGACGAAAUUGGCGUUUCCCUGUGCACAAUCGACCGGCGCCAGGAGACCAGCCGCAAUGUUAUGGAUCCGUUUACAGUCAUCACCACAAUGGACAGUCGGGAGGUUCCAGCGGACCCGAGGCGCGGCACGCAGCAUACACAGAUUGCAGACGUGUCUGUAGAUGUUGGAAAUCUGCUUUUGCGCCUGGGGAUCAACGACAUCAUCCUGAUGCUCGACAUAUUCAACACUGCUAUGGAGCUGAUGUACAAGAAGGACGAGGCCGCCAGCAAGAUUGUGCCCAGCCCGGAACAGCCUGACGCCAGGCACAUGCGCAGCUGCACACUGCCGCAGCAGCAGGGCUCGCCAGGUGCCCAGAGCGGCAGCGGCGUGUCGGCCACAUCAGCACCCGCCGUGCUGCGCAGCACCGCUGGUGCUCCACAGCGUGACGGCGCGCGCAUAGUCAAGGAGACAAUGCGCGCGACAGUCGCGUCCCUGCGCAUCGUCGUUAUCCGUGACAUGUUCGGACUACCAGUGUACGCGUGCACGGCAAAGGAGUUCCAUGUGGAUGUCAGCGACUGGUCAGUGGGGCUGCGCGUGCAGAGCAGCCUGGUGCUGGAGGCGUCGUACUUCAACCGGCGCAAUACGCACUGGGAGCCGUUUGUUGAGCCAUGGGGGUUCCGCGUAGCGCUGGCGCAGGGCAGCGACGGGGCGCAGCGUAUUGAUGUUGGCGCAACAGACCGACUGCUAGUUAACGCGUCGCACGCGUUUGUCGAGGAGACCUUGGGGCUGGCGGCACAGUGGGGCGACGAGAUGGCGCGGCACGAGGCGCGACAGAAGCAGGGCGCGGCGCCGGUCGGUGAACGCAUGCCGUACGUGCUGGUCAACCGCACGGGAGUUGACUGUCAUGUGUGGGUGGAUCUGGCCGAGGGCGCGACGGCGCGCGGCGAGCGCAUUGACACGACACCAGUGCUGCUGCGCGACGGCGCCAGCCUGCCGUGGCGCUUUGAGGACUGGCGGCGGCGACGCGAGCAGCUGGAAGCUGGGUCGCACCAUCUGGGCGUGCAGUUCGCCAACGGCCAGUGGGAGUGGUUGCGGCGUGUCCAGGUUGAUCGCGAGGGCACGCGCUACUACAUGCUAACACCGGCGCUCGACGGUAUUCAACACCGUGUGGCUGUCGAUGUGCGGUUGGAUGCCGUUAACUUGGUCAAGCGCGUGGUGUUGCGCAGCCCGCUGGUGGUUGAAAACCAGACACGCGUUGCCAUGGAGGUUGCCAUGUGCGACUACCGCGGCGAGCUGCGCACUGACUCGGCUAUUAUUCAGCCGGGUGACGAGCUGCCGCUGCCCAUUAUGUUCUGCCACCAGUAUGCUGUGCGCGUACGUCCCGAGCCCGGCUUUGGCUACGCAUGGAGCAGUCAGUACGUUUUUUGGCGCGACUUUCUGGCAGCCGACGCGCGCCCCGAGCUUUGCUGCCUGCCGCAGCACCAGAGCCAGAGCCAGAGCCAGAACCAAAACCAACAGAGUGACACGGCGCCGUUCUUUGUGCACUUUAGUGCCGAGUGUGACACGCGCAACCCGGCGCUGUACAAGUACCCAUUCAUGCGCCUUGUGAUGACGCCGCCGAUGGAGAUCGAGAAUCUCCUGCCGUACGCCAUCGACCUUCUAGUUAUCGACAAGACCGCUGGGCGCCGCUGGGCCGGGUCGCUGGACCGCGGCGGCACCGCGCCGGUGCAUGCCGUGCAGCCCGGCCACCUGGUUCUCCUGAGCAUCCGCAUCCCCGACGCCGGCUUCGACCGCUGUGAAGGUACGAUCAUUGAAACCAGCGAUGAGGACGAGUACCCGACGGACGACGAGCUGGUAAUGACCGACCGCCAAGGCGUGAAGCUAGGACUGAGGCUGCACCGCAUGGACAUUCCGCGGUCCGGCGGCCAGUGCCGCCGCAUCAGCAUCUACGCACCCUAUGUUAUGGUCAACCGCACUGGCCUGCGGCUGUUCUACUCCAGCAAGGGCUUUUUCAAGGGCCGCUCGGCUGUGGCCGGCCAGCAGGGCGACGGCAGCAGUGAGGCACCAAAUAUCGGCGGGCAGAGCAGCCGGCCGCUGAUGUUCUCGUUUGGGUCCUACGACCUGCGCAACCGCGCGCUGGUGCGUGUCGCUGGGUCAGAGUGGAGCCGGCCGUUGAGCUUUGACGCCCUGGGCAGCUCGACCGAAGUAACCAUCGGGUCGAGCAGCCGGGUGGCGGACACGCACCUGGGCAUGGAGAUUGAACCGGGCCGCGGCCGCUACUCGCACACGCGCGUGGUGACCUUCACAUCGCGCUAUGUUGUCAAGAACAUCACGGGGAUGCCGCUGCAGUACCGCACGGUGUACAACACGGCGGACGCUGAAGUACUGGCGGAUGGUGAGCGCCGGCCACUGCACACGCUGCACCGCGCCCGCCGCCGGCUGCUGACCAUUGCGACAGCAGCAAAGGACCCUGAGGGCCACGCGGUGGCGGAUGUGCGCGGCGCCCGGUGGUCGGCGCCCUUCAGCAUCGAUGAUGUUGGGAGGGUGUUCAUCAGGAUGCCCCUGGAGGGCCACACUGCCGGCGAUUGGCUGGAGGUACUGGUCAAGGUAGAUAUUGUCCUGGAGGGCGCCUGCUUAUUUGUCAUUAUGCAGCGCGAGGACCAGUACUGGCCCUACCUGAUCGAGAACCGCACAGCUACAGACAUUGUCGUCUGGCAGUACCCCGAGCGCCACCAGCACGCAGACGCCGGUGGAACCAGUGGCACUUUGCCCGAUGCUGGGUCGCAGUUGCCGCGUCGGUCCUCAAUCACCAACACGUCGCCUUCGCCGUCGCCGCCGCCUGCAAUGCCCAUGAUUCCCAGCCGCGCAUCGACGGGCCAGGCGGGAGCCAGCAGCGAGCGGCAGUACGUGAUCCCCGCUGGAUCGACGCUGGACUACGCCUGGGACGUGCCCACCGCUGGCACAAAGCUCCUGGUCAUUAGCGCCCAGGGCAACACGCGCCGCAUCAGCCUGCAGGAGAUCGGCGAGCAGCGGCCGUUUAUUUUUGGCAAGCCGCCCCUACCGCCACGCCGGCCCAGCGCCAUUGCGCCAACGAGCGCUUUCGCCGCUUCUGGGCGGUCCCUGGCAGAUUACACGAUGAACAUCGAAGUGGUAGCCGCUGGCCCGCGUCAGGUGCUUAGACUCACCGGGUAUACACCCGAAACCAGCCUAUACACACCACUUCAGUUCGCAUCCUCGCCCAACGCCCUCCAGGCGGCAGCCGUAGCCCCGCGCUUAGCGCGUUCGUCUACGCAGCAGACCGCGGUGAGUGUCGGGUCGCGGCUCACAGCGGGCAGCGGCAGCGGCAGCGACAAGUUCGAGGUGAUUGACGGCGAUGAAAAGACCAGCCUUGUUUUCCGCUUUGCGCUCGAGGGUGGCAUUGGCGUGUCCCUGAUCAAUAAGUACUCGAGCGAGAUUCUCUUUGUGACGCUCGCGGAUGUUGAGCUCAAGUACACGGACUCGACGUCGAACCAGACCUUCAAGCUAACUGUGAAGUGGAUUCAGAUCGACAAUCAGAUCUACGGCGCCCUCUACCCAAUUGUCCUCUACCCGACCACCCUGGGUGUCACCAUGGCCGGGGUCUCCUCCCCACCCGCCCUCCAGGCUGUUGCCGUCCGCGCCAAGGACAAGUCCUAUGGUGUCGAGUACUUCAAAUACGCCUCAGUCCUGGCCCAGGAGAUGUCUGUGGAAUUGGACGAGGACUUUUUGUAUGCGCUAUUGGACUUUGUCAAGUUCGAUGUCCCCGGGUGGGGCGGUUCCGAGAAGGAGGAUGAUGUUACGGCGCUGGAUAUGCUGGAUUCGGCGAUUCCUGAGGUCAAGGCUUUUGAGGAGGGCCAGCAGCUGUACUUUGAGUUUUUGCAUAUUCAGCCUUUCAAGCUUAAUAUGUCCUUUAUGCGCACUCAGCGCCUGGAUGUUGGUGGGGAUCCUACGACCGCACGGUACCCGGCGGUAGCCUCAGCAGCGGCAUCCCGCACUGGUGCCAGUGGCGGUGGCGGUGGCCAGAGACCGGGAAACCAGGGCGGGCUUCCCGGUGGCAAUAGCAACAUUGGUAUUGGCGGCGAGAAGAGCGGCGAGGGCGUGGCGAGCAGCUCCGGACUGGUCGCCUAUGCGAUGAAUGUUCUGACAAUGGCUAUCGGCAACAUCAAUGAGGCGCCGAUCUUCCUCAACGCCCUAAUAAUGCAGAACGUCCGCGUCUCCCUGCCGAUUCUCGUCGACCGCAUGCACAAGCAUUACUCCCAGGAGGUCUUCAACCAAGUGUACAAGGUCGUCGGCAGCGCCAACUUCCUCGGCAACCCCGUCGGGCUUUUCAACAAUAUUAGCUCUGGCGUUUCUGAUUUCUUCUACGAGCCCUACCAAGGUUUUGUCAUGAGUGAUCGGCCACAGGAUUUCGGUUUUGGACUGGCGCGCGGCACAGCAUCGCUGUUCAAGAAGACCGUGUUUGGAAUGACUGACAGCUUCAGCAAGUUCACCGACAGCAUGUCCAAGGGGCUGUCCGCCGCAACGAUGGAUCCGCAGUACCAGUCGGAGCGCAGUAUGAGCCGUGUGCGCAACAAGCCCAAGCAUGCAAUAUACGGUGUGGCCCGCGGCGCCGAGUCCUUUGCCAAGAGUUUUGGCUCGGGACUCGCUGGCGUCGUUAUGCGGCCGAUUGAGGGAGCGGAGCAAGAAGGUGUCGGCGGGUUUUUCAAGGGUGUGGGCAAGGGGCUUGUCGGGGUGGUAACUAAGCCGGUUAUCGGAAUGUUCGACCUAGCAUCAAAUGUCACCGAGGGGAUCCGCAAUACCACGACAGUGUUUGAACGCGAUCUGGACCGCCAGAGACUGCCCCGGUAUAUUGGCCGCGAUGGUAUUAUCUGCGCAUACUCUGGCCGUGAGGCUCUGGGCCAGGCGUGGAUGCGGGAGCUCAACAAGGGUGCGUACGCGUAUGACAACUACCUGGCACAUUUGGAGCUGCCAGGAUCCAACAUGGUUGUGCUCCUGACGUACCAGCGGUUGGUCAUGUUCCGUAGGGCAAAACCGGAUGAGGCUGGGAUGGCGGUGGGCGCUGCAGGGUCGUCGGCGGAGACUGGUAAUGCUACGGGCGCUAUUGGGGUGAGCGCCGCUAAUGCGUCGAAGGCGCAGGUUGAGUGGGAGCAGGAGAUCAAGAGCCUGCACAGUAUUCAGCUCGAGGCCACUGGGAUUUCUCUUAAACUGCCGGCCACAUCAGAGGGGUACGUGCCCCCGGGUCCUUUUAUUCCGAUAUCGGAUGCUCGGAGCCGCAGGUGGUUCUACGAUCAGAUCAGAGAAGCUGUCAAGGCUCUGAUUGACCAUCGCAAGGAGCUCGGUUAAGACCCAAUUUUCUUUUUUUUCCUCAUCUUUCUC